AUGAACUCGUUCAGACCUAUAGAUCUUGUAAGGUUAUCCAAUAAGAACGAGCUCAAUGCUAAUAUACCGCAUGAGCGUUUAAAGCUUCAAAUUAAUGAGAAUCCAAUGGCCAUCAGUGGAUGGGACCAGCUUUUCCGUCUAAUCGAUGAUACAGUUGCCCAAUUGUACGACAAAAGUAACACUGAUGCAAUUAAUAGCCAGUUCAAACAGUUUAUCCACAAUACAUAUAGCGAGUUCCUUGCCCGAUUUCCAUGUGCUGAAUCAUAUUGGCAGAAAUGGCUGGUUAUCGAAUACAAACUACAUAACGACAAAUCCAAAUCGAUCGCGGUACUUAAGAACGCUGUGGACCUGGUUCCUGGGUCGCUAGCUCUUUGGAACGACUACCUCGAUAUUUUAAUUGAUGACUACGAAAAUUGUGCGACACCAACGAUAGUCGACCAAAAAUUAGAACUACUUCGGUCGGAAUUCCCACGAGCAGUUUCCGCAGUUGGAUGGCAUUUCAACGCCGACACUUUAUGGGAUAAGAUCAUUCAGUUUGAACUUAAACUUCAACUUCAAUCUCAAGAAGCUUUAGCAUACUACAAACAAGUGGUUCGUAUACCGUUAUAUGAAUAUUCACGGUAUUACAUGCAUUUUACAGAGUUUAUCAAACAGUUCGAUUUAGAGAAAUCCUUCGACCUGAAUAUUUUCGCACCUCAUUUUUCGACCUACGGCGUAACCAGUGUGGAACAAUUAACUAAUGAAGAGAAAAAAACUAUAGUUGACUCCCAUUAUGAAUCUUUAUUUCAAGAAACUCAGAAAUGGGUUACUGCAGUGUGGCCAUUUGAAUCUCAAAUCACUCGUCAAUUCUUCAUACCUACUGAAAUAGAAGUAAUUGCACAGGAAACUUCAAAAUGGAUAGAAUACCUCGAUGCAAUCAUACUUCUUCACAAAGAGUCCCCCACACCUGUGUCAUUUGACUUUGUAAGUAGUAUUUUUGAACGAAGUCUUAUUCCCAAUUGCUACAACGAAAACUUGUGGCUCAAGUACAUUGCAUUUAUUAAUAAGUAUGAAGUCGAUGAAAAAGCAAAAGAUAUCAAAUUGACAUCCAUCUUCAACAGGGCAAGCACUCUGUUCAUACCUUUAGAAGAAACAGAGUUGAGGAGUCUCUAUAUCAAGUAUCUUUCUAGUACGGGGGGCUUUUCUUUGGCGAAUGAAUAUUGCUUCGAAUGGAUAAAGAAUCUUGAUGGUUCAACCUUUUCACGCUACUUGAAGAAGCCGUAUUUGGCAUUUGUUGGGUACUUGAUAGAUUUAUGGGAAAACCAUAUGUCUUCAGUUGAUCUCUGCCUGAUAACCCUGAUCAUAAUUAUUGACUUCUUCGACAAGGUGGACUCGUACAACAAGAAACAAGAGAUCAAACUAGUCGAUUCAAGUUUAAAAAAGAAUUCAAAAUUUGAUUAUGGAUAUGUGAAUACGCUUUCCAAGGUACUCAAUGCUAGCUCCAUUUGCAUUAUAGUUUCUAAGCAUUUGCACCUACUACUCAAAUCUCAGGGCCCUGAAAGCUAUAAAGCAAUUAGGAGCUUCUACAACAAAUAUCACGAAGAAGAUGCACUCAAAGGUUCGACCAAAUUCUGGAAGUUCAUGGUCGAACACGAGGGAAUCAUCAAGUUCAACAUUAACAACUUGAGAAGCAUAAUAAAGUUUAUAAAGACUAAAACAAACCUUCCCAAAUCUUCAGUCGACGCAUUGACCGAUUUGGUUUAUGAUAUCUACACUUCAAAUUACGACGCCGUGUUGGCAGUAGGUCAAAUCGACGACACUGUUGUGCGACAUUGGAACGACGUUGAUAAUUCGUUGUCUAUUAACACGGACGCAUUCUUGAGAUUUAGCGAGAACAAUUAUUUGGUCGAUGAUAUUGUUUCGAGUAAAAGACCGCCAGUGAGACUCAGUAAAGAGGAGGAAUUGAAGAGGUUGUAUAAGCUGAAUAUUGGUAACCCAGGAAUCAUGGUAGAUAAGAGUCCUAACGUUGUUAAUUCCUUAAUUUUCGACGGAAAACACAUUUCAUUGGUCGACAUUGGUGAUGGUAAUAAUACAGAAAAAUUGGUACCACCAGAAACACCAAUGUUCCGGAACGUUGAAAAGGCCAACCAAGCAAUAGAAUACCCCAAAUAUUUAAAUAUAUAA